AUGCUACUCAAGAACAGUGCGCUUGCGGCCCUUGUCAACAUCGUGGAACUUCAUCAAUUAAUAUUGAACGAGUUGUCCUUGGCCGACCUGAGAGCAUACGGGCUGUCGUGCAAGACCAUUAUGAAGGAUGUCGAUGAAUACAUCGAAAGAGCGUACAAUAUCGAACGCCUGCUCAUGAAUUUCCUGCCACAAGAGCAUAUUGGAGACUUCCGAAUGGUGCAGGGUGCCAUCGGUAUGAUCAUCGGUGGCUCUAGUGCAUUGCAAUUCUUCUCGCGACGUUAUUACGAUGAUUCGGAUCUCGACCUCUAUGUCUGCGCCUUCUUUGGAUCCUGCGCGGCAAGGAUGUUGGAACGUAUGGGGUGUCGACCUGUGGUGCCCGGAGGAGUCGUAAAUAUGCCGAGGACGCACGGUCAGACGUCAAAUUCGCCACAUUUUUCAAGGAGAUACCGUAGUUCUGGAAUAGCUAAAGUGGUGAAUUGGGUGUCACCAACAGGACGAGCGAUUCAGCAGAUCAUGACGAGCGUUCCGGUGGUAGACGUGAUACUUGGAUACCACUCUACGGCUGUGAUGAACUUUAUAUCCGCUUCGCGCGCGUAUAGCCUGUACGGACGGGAGACACUCACCAAGGGGCUGUCAUUGUACACUCGAAGAGAUAGGGCUAAAUUGAGGGCAGCUAGGGCAAAGUACGAAUGUAGAGGCUGGCAGAGCGUGUUCUUGCGUGCAAAUGACGUGUUCCCAGCAGAGACGAGGGGUGUGGGGGAUAAAAAGACUUGGCAGGUGGCGUUGAGACCAAUGUUGGCCGGAGGCGGUCACGAUGAGAGGAUGAGGCAGACAGCUUGGGCAUUGAAGUACACUGCUGAUGGCAAGCCUUACAUUUGCUUACGGUAG